AUGUCGGCGGAGCUGGCGAGCGAGGCACCGACUGGCUACCUAUCAGGCCUGAUAAAGUCAAGGAAAGAGAAAACAGAGAGAUCAAAGAAGUACUGGGAGGUAGAGGAGGGCAAGCGCCUACUGGAAGGCAACAGAGCGGCACUUACAAAACCUUGGUCGGAGGAGGAAGUGAAGACGGUGUUGCGUGAGCUGCCAGCAGGCAAGGCGCCGGGGCAGGACGGGCUGCCGAAAGAGCUAUUUGAGCAGAACUGGGAGCUGCUGGGGAAGGAGCUGAUGAAACUUAUCGGCGACUUCGAAAAAGAUGCAGUAAUGCCAGAAGCGUUCACGACGGCGGUGACCAUCCUUCUGCACAAAAAAGGGGAGAGGGAGCAAUUAGGAAAUUAUCGACUGAUCACUUUACUCAGCGUGGUGUAUAAGCUUAUAGCGAAGGUGCUGGCCAACAGGAUCAAGAAAGUACUACCAAGGGUAAUCUCAGAGCAUCAGUUCGGGUUUAUACCGGGUAGGCGGCUGGCGGAUGUGGUCUCAAUCGUGGCAGAUGUGGUUGAUGCAGCAGCAGAAGGGGACGAGGAUUGGCUACUGCUCCUUGUAGACUUAAAAAAAGCGUACGACUCAGUCUCGCGAGAGUUCCUUUUCACCACGAUGCACAAGAUGGGCUUCUGUCAGAAUCCCAGCCACUAA